CCUCACUCUAGGGUCUGAAUCAUCCGCUCUCUCGCUCUCUCUCUCUCUCCCCCCGUACAAGUUACUCCAACUGUCGCCGUCCGAGCCUUAUCUCCUCCGAUCUCAGCCGUAAACUUCCAUCGCCGGCCAACUAUUCCUCCGAUUCUACUCUCGGAUGCCUCCGAUGAAGGUUUUUUCCAAUACAAAGAAUCGAUGCUUGGUUACUCUUUUAUUGGUUGAUCUGAUUUUCUCAUCCAGCUUCUCAGUCUAACACCAAAUCCGAUUUGUUGGAUCUUGUUUAGAAGUCGAAAUAUGGAGGAUCGGAACGCGAGUAGGAGGUAUUCGGGAACGCUAGAUGAUACAGUUUUCCAGUGUGUGAUUCCAUACGUACACGACUCGCGUGACCGAGACGCGGUGUCUUUGGUCUGCAAAAGGUGGUACGAGAUCGAUGCAGAAACGAGAAAACACGUAACAAUCGCGAUGUGUUACACAACCACGCCGAAUCAGCUCUGGCGGAGGUUUAAACGCAUCGAAUCGCUGAAAUUGAAGGGCAAGCCGCGUGCGGCGAUGUUCAAUCUAAUACCGGAGGAUUGGGGAGGGUAUGUGACGCCUUGGGUGGAGGAAAUUGCGAAUUCUUUUAGCCAAUUGAAUUCGCUUCAUUUUCGGAGGAUGAUUGUUAAGGACUCGGACCUUGAGUUACUUGCUGAAUCACGUGGUCCCGCGCUUCAAGUUCUUAAACUUGACAAGUGCUCUGGGUUCUCUACUGAUGGGCUUUUGCACAUUUGCCGGUCUUGCAGCAAUUUAAGAACAUUGUUUCUGGAAGAGAGUGUGAUUACUGAGAAAGAUGGUGAAUGGCUACAUGAGCUCGCUUUGAACAGCAAGUUUCUUGAAGUUUUGAAUUUUUACAUGACAGAUCUUGGGCAAGUCGGAUUUCAAGACCUUGAACUCAUAGCCAGAAAUUGUGGCUCUCUAGCCUCAAUCAAAAUUUGCGAGUGCGAUAUUUUGGACCUAGUUGGUUUCUUCCGAGCUGCAGCUGCACUAGAAGAGUUUGGUGGGGGUUCCUUUAGCGAACAAUUAGAAGAGGUGGGUGAAGGUGCCUUCAAUGAGCAAUUACAUAAGUACUCUGCAGUAUCAUUUCCCCCAGCAUUAUGCCGUUUGGGUCUAACAUACAUGGGGAAGAAGGAGAUGCCCAUUCUAUUUCCUUUUGCUUCCCGUCUGAGAAAAUUGGAUCUCCUUUAUGCUCUUCUUGACACAGAGGGCCAUUGUGUCUUAAUCCAGAAAUGUACCAACCUGGAAAUUCUUGAGGCAAGGAAUGUCAUUGGAGAUAGAGGAUUGGAAGUUCUUGCUGGCUGUUGCAAGAAAUUGAAGAGGCUUAGGAUUGAGCGAGGUGCUGAUGAACAGGAAAUGGAGGAUGAAGAAGGUAUAGUUUCACAGAGAGGAUUAAUUGCUUUGGCUCAGGGAUGCUUCGAGCUGGAAUAUUUGGUUGUACACGUGUCUGAUAUCACAAAUGCAUCUCUGGAGUGUAUUGGCACAUACUUGAAAAAUCUCCGUGAUUUCCGCAUGGUCUUGCUUGAACAACUAGAAACAAUAACAGAUUUGCCUCUUGACAAUGGAGUUAGAUUUCUAUUGAGGAAUUGCGACAAGCUUGGUCGUUUUGCUCUGUAUCUUAGGCCUGGGGGUCUGACAGAUGUGGGUCUCAGGUAUAUCGGCCAAUACAGCCAGAAUAUAAGAUAUAUGCUACUCGGUUUUGUUGGGGAAUCUGAUGCAGGCCUUUGGGAGUUCUCCAAAGGCUGCCCGAACCUGCAAAAGCUAGAACUGAGGGGCUGUUGCUUCAGUGAACAUGCACUGGCUAUUGCCGCUUUGCAACUUAAGUCUCUGAGGUACUUAUGGGUGCAAGGGUAUAGAGCAUCUGCAACAGGUCUUGAUGUCUUAGCUACGGCGUGUCCAUUCUGGAAUAUUGAGUUGAUUCCUGCAAGACGAAUUGCUGCCGCUGGUCAACAAGGGGGGCCUGUAUUUGUUGAACAUCCGGCACAUAUUCUUGCGUACUAUUCCCUUGCUGGACAAAGAACAGACUUUUCAGAUUCUGGUACUGUUAUUCCUUUCAAUCGACCUGCCCAGCUUAUUGCAUAGAUCAAUACAUAUAAGCUCUUUCCAAGAGUUCGUUUUUCCCUGUAACACGCUCGUUGUUACUUGUGCUGUUCAUAAUGUACUGCAUCUUUUUUUCUUCUUUUCGAUAGGAUAUUUUCUUGUUUCAAUUUUGAAUGUUUCUGAAGUGUUUUGGCUUGUAAUAAUCUUGCUCGACUUGCACUCCUCUGUCGUCCCAACGAAUGUAUAGGGAAAUUUCAGGUUUCAAACUGCUGGUUUAUGUUCGGUAAAGAAACUGCUGCUUUGUGUUACUUUCGUUGUCAUUCAGUUGUUCAUUGUUAUGUGGG